AUGCAUAGGCUUCCAUGCAAUAUCCGAUUUCCCUUCCUUUCCCUUCUACUCUUCUUUUGCAAACGGCGCCACUCUUCUAAACCAAAACAAUUUUACGUAUUUACCAGUUGCCACCCUCUCGUUAAACCCUAAAUUCCCGCCCCCCAGAAAGAUCACUGCUUUCUCCAGAACCCUAAGACACGUCCCAAUCGUCAGCUCUCUCUAUCUCUCUUGCCCUAUGCUCUCGCAACUCUAAACCUUUUUCUUCUUCAGGUUUAACAUUUAGCUCAAGCGGUUUUCGGAUAUAGGGUUUUUUAAUGGGUAGCAAGAAAAGAAGCACCAACUCUGUAGAGGAAGUGGUAGAGGGUCAAACAGAUUUAGCUGCAGAUAAUACAGUUUCGAUGCCUUCCGAUAAGAAAAGUAAGAUGUUUAUCAAAACGGAUGCACAGAUGGGAGAUGGGGUUGCUGCCCCUUCUUCUGUUCCUAGUUCCAUUAAACCAAUGGAGAGAAAAAAGAAGAGAAAACAAUUAGACAAGGAGAGACGGCGUUCAGUUUUGGAAAAUGAGGAAUCUCAGCCCAAACAAAUGAAUCUUGAAUCUAAAAGAAAUGAUGCCUGGGAACCUGUGGCAUCUUCAUCAACUAUUGGUUUGCCUGAGUUCCAUAUCAGUGUUUUUAAGGACUUGGCCUCUGCAAAUUCUUCUGUGAGAGAAUCAGCUGUGGAAACGUUGGUGACAGAGUUGCAGGAGGUGCAGAAGGCAUAUGAUAGGCUGGAGAACAAGGACUUGGUUGAGGGUGUUUUGAAAUUGGAAGCUCAAAAGAAUGAUGGCUUGGAUAACUGUGCAUCAUCUUUGAGAUAUGCUGUGCGUAGACUGAUACGUGGUGUUUCUUCAUCAAGAGAGUGUGCUAGACAGGGUUUUGCAUUGGGUUUGACUGCUUUGGUGGCCACAAUUCCUAGCAUUAAAGUGGACUCCUUGUUGAAACUUAUAGUUGAUUUGUUGGAAGUCACAUCAUCGAUGAAGGGUCAGGAAGUAAGGGAUUGCCUCCUGGGUCGCUUAUUUGCUUACGGUGCUCUUGCUCGAUCUGACAGACUAAUUAAAGAGUGGUUUUCUGAUAAAGAUACUCUGCACAUCAAGGAAUUUAUGAGUGCUAUUAUCUCCCUUGCUGCAAAAAAACGAUAUUUGCAGGAGCCUGCAGUUUCAAUCAUUUUAGAAUUUGUUGGAAAGCUGCCUGAUGAAGCAUUGAUUGAUCAUAUUCUUGAAGCUCCAGGAAUUCCUGAAUGGUUCCAAGAAGCCAUUAAUGUUGGAAAUCCAGAUGCUUUGCUUUUAGCAUUGAAAAUUCGUGAAAAAUUGUCCAUUGACAGCACAUCAUUCGGUGAACUUUUGCCAAAUCCAUUCAGCUCAAGCAAACUUUUCUCUGCUGAUUACCUAUCCUCUAUUGAUAACUGCUUGAAGGAAUCCACAUUUUGUCAACCCCGGGUUCACUGUUUGUGGCCUGUUCUGGUAAAUGUUCUACUACCUGAUACCGUUUUGCAGGCAGAAGAUGUAGCAUCGAUUUCUAAUUCCUUUAAGAAGUACAAAAAGGGUCGCAAGUCUAGCUCUUCAGAAGAAGAAAUUGUUAAGAACGUCCAAUGUUUCUGUGAGGUUGUUAUUGAAGGAUCCCUCCUUCUGUCAUCUCACGAUCGUAAACACUUAGCACUUGAUGUUCUGCUUCUUCUCCUGCCAAGAUUACCUUCCUCUUUUGUACCAGUUGUUUUGUCCUACAAACUUGUUCAGUGCUUGAUGGAUAUACUUUCCACAAAAGAUUCCUGGCUGUAUAAAGUUGUGCAGCAUUUUCUUAAAGAAUUGUUAGAUUGGGUUAGCAAUGAUGAUGUCAGAAGAAUAGCUGUUAUUGUGGCCUUUCAAAAGCAUAGCAAUGGAAAAUUUGAUUGUGUUACAAAGACGAAAACAGUUAAAGGUUUAGUGGCAGACUUCAAAACAGAAACAGGUUGCAUGCUAUUUGUUCAGAACUUGAUUAACUUGUUUUUGGAUGAAGGUCAUGCUUCUGAGGAACCGUCAGAUCAGAGUCAAACAACUGAUGAGAAUUCUGAGAUAGGCUCAAUUGAGGACAAGGAUUCUAUUGGAAUUAUGGGGAAUGCUGAUUUUUUGAAAAGCUGGGUUAUAGAAUCUCUUCCUAGUGUUUUGAAACAUUUAAAGUUGGAUCCUGAAGCAAAAUUCCGAGUGCAAAAGGAAAUAUUGAAGUUUCUAGCUGUUCAAGGUCUAUUCUCUGCAUCUCUGGGCAAUGAAGUUACUUCAUUUGAAUUACAGGAGAAAUUUAGAUGGCCAAAAGCAGCCACCUCAAUUGCUCUUUGCAGGAUGUGCAUUGAACAACUCCAAUCACUGCUGGCAAAUGCUCAAAAGGUUGAGGAGCCACGGUCUUUGGCUAAUGGACUUGAGCCAAAUGACCUUGGCUGCUACUUUAUGCAUUUCUUUAGCACAUUACGCAACAUUCCUUCAGUUUCUCUCUUUCGAACUGUAAGUGAUGAGGAUGAACAGGCAGUCAAAAAAUUGCAAGAAAUGGACAGUAAACUUUAUAAAGACGAAAGGAACUGUGGGCUAAGCAGCAAUGCAAAUAAACUGCAUGCAUUGAGGUACUUGCUUAUCCUAUUGGUACUCCAAGUGCUCCUUCGACCUGGGGAAUUCUGUGAUGCAGCCUCUGAACUUAUCAUAUGUUGUAAGAAAGCUUUUUCAGCUCCUGAUGAUCUCGACUCAUCUGGAGAAGAUGAGUUGGACAAUGAUGCAGCGCCAGAAUUAAUGGAUGUUCUUGUGGAUACUUUGCUUUCCUUGCUGCCACAGUCAUCAGCCCCUAUGCGGUCUGCUAUUGAGCAGGUUUUCAAAUAUUUCUGUGGUGAUGUCACUGAUGAUGGACUGCUGCGUAUGUUGCGGAUAAUUAAGAAAGACCUAAAACCUGCUAGACAUCAGGAAGCAAGCAGUGAAAAUGACGAUGAUGACCUUCUUGGUAUUGAAGAAGAUGAGGAUAUUGAUGAAGCUGAGACAGCUGAAACAGCUGAGAGUGACGAACAAUCAGAGGACUCUGAGGCAGUCGUUGGCAGUGAGGGGGCUGACAAAGAACUUCCUGAAGAUUCUGAUGAUUCUGAUGGAGGAAUGGAUGAUGAUGCAAUGUUCCGCAUGGACACUUAUCUUGCCCAGAUCUUUAAAGAGAAAAAGAACCAGGCUGGUGGUGAAACUGCUCAGUCCCAGCUUGUCGUGUUCAAACUGCGAGUUCUUUCACUUCUGGAAAUUUACUUGCAUGAAAAUCGAGGUAAGCCCCAAGUCCUGACAGUGUACUCUAAGUUGGCUCAGGCAUUUGUCAAUCCACAUACUAUGGAUGGAAGUGAACAACUCGGGCAGCGAAUAUGGAGUAUUCUUCAGAAGAAGGUAUUCAAAGAAAAGAAGUUGCCCAAGGAUGAAUCUAUGCAAUUGUCUACUCUUGAAUCUCUAUUGGAGAAAAACCUUAAGUUGGCAUCAAAACCAUUCAAGAGAAAGAAAUCUGCUAGCACCCUAUCCAAGAAGAAGCUGUCAGCCUCUUUGAACAGGCACAAAAUGAUUGUUUCCCUUGCUCAGAAUUCAACGUACUGGAUAUUGAAGAUCAUUGAGGCAAGAAAUUUCUCAGAUGCUGAAUUGCAGGGAGUUUUUGAUCUCUUACAGGCUGUGUUAGUGGGGUAUUUUGACAGUAAAAAGUCCCAAAUAAAAUCUGGAUUUUUGAAAGAAAUAUUUAGAAGAAAUCCUAGGAUCGGCCAUCAACUUUUUAGCUUGCUGUUAGACAAAUGUGGCAAUGCAAAAUCAGACUUUCGACGGGUCGAGGCUCUUGAUUUGGUGAUUGAAGUAUUGAAGUCGCAGGUUCCAAUGAAUCCUAGUGAAAGCAACUGGGAUGCAUCAAAGAAAAUCUUGAAAAGCCAUCUGCAGAGUCUAAGUCAUUUAAUAGAGAGGUUGGUAACAAGGAUGCCUGAAAAGAAGUUGAGAAAAACUGAAGUGCACAAAUUUUGUGAUAAGAUCUUCCAGAUGAUAUCAACACUAGACCUAACCGAGGCUUUUCUGAGAUGUUUGGGACCAGAUGCUCGUCCUUCUUGUGAAUCUCAACUCGGUCCCCUUUUUCUUAAGUUGAAGAAGCUGGAAUGAGGGCCAGCUGUAAGAUAAUAGAUAUUUGUGGAAACUCCUUACGAAAGGGAGCCUGAUUUCAGCUGCCUACAGUGGCUUGGUGGCAGUCUCAUUGCUACAACCAGUAUGGCUUCAAAUAGAUAUAGCUGUAUUUGAGGAACACGUGAUCUCUCCUGAUUGUUGCUCCAAGUAACCUGAAGACUCGCUUGGUGAGAUUGAAAAAAUUUUGUCGGUGGUUAUUGUUCCAGUUCCUUAGCUUUCUUGUAAGUGGUCACACUGGGAGAGAAAUUGUUGACAUUCAGGCCUAAUUUAUCAAUAAAAUUGCCACUGAUUGUAUUGAA